AUGGUUUUCAUUGUGGAAAAGAUGGAGAAAGGCGAAUUCCGGGGCAGGAAGAACUCGACAGGAUUCAAGGGCAUCCGAAUGAGGAAAUGGGGGAGAUGGGUGUCUGAGAUUCGGAUCCCCAAGACCCGGUCUCGGAUAUGGCUCGGAUCCUACGACACCCGGGAGAAAGCGGCCCGUGCCUAUGAUGCAGCGCUCUAUUGCCUGCGAGGCCCAGGGGGAGAUUUCAACUUCCCGGAAGAAAGGCGACCGGAAUUUCCCGGUGGGAUGCCACCAGUGCUCACGAAGACAGAUAUAAAGGCAAUUGCGGCUAGGUUUGCUUGCCCAGACCGCAUGACAAGGUGGGGCUGCAUGGGUCCUUUGUGUACGUCCGUUUUGACGGCGAAACCCACGACAUCGCCGGAAUUGCCAGCUUCAGGCGAGGUGGGAAGCAUAUGUCGGGUUGCUAGCUCGCUUGUCGUUCCUUCCGGUGGAUUUUCAGGCCCUGAGGAGUUCUCGCCUGAGAGUUUUCUGAUUGGAGAUCCGUACAUGGUGGAGCCCGGGAACAUAUGGGACAUCAUAUGA